AUAGAUAGAUCAGUUCACUUCAAACGUUCGAACAAGCAAGUCGAUAUAGUGCGUUUAUUAGCGUAUUAUUACUAAGAAAAGAAAAACAAAUUUGUGUUGUUAAUAUUUUUUAAAAGUCAAAUUUUGUAUCAUUAUAACUAUUUAUAAUUUUUUAUUUAAAAUAAUCUUCGUUGGGAUAAAGUUUAUAAAGUGUAAAAAAAAAAACUAAUUCAAGAUGCAGCAAAAACACCAUGUUGUUGACAUUCGUUCAGAUACCAUAAGUCAACCAACAGCUGAAAUGCGUAAAGCCAUGUUUGAAGCUAUUGUUGGUGAUGAUGUUUAUCAUGAAGAUCCAACAGUUAAAGAACUUGAAAAUAAAGGAGCACAGCUAUUUAAGAAAGAAGCUGGUCUAUUUGUACCAAGUGGUACAAUGGGGAAUUUAUUGGCAGUAAUGGUGCAUUGCAGUCGACGUGGAACGGAAGCAAUUGUUGGUGAUUUAUCUCAUAUUUUUCUAUAUGAACAAGGUGGCGCUGCACACAUAGCCGGUGUGCAAUUAGCUACCAUCAAAAAUAAGCCAGAUGGGACGUUCUGCCUGAACGAACUGAAACGGAAAUUCCGCCCCGACGACUGCCAUGAGCCUAGUACAGCGCUGGUAAUUGUGGAGAACACCCACAACAUGUGCGGCGGCCGAGUCCUGCCACUGGAAUGGCUGGACCAACUUGCGGAUAUUUGUAAAAAACGCUCAACAAAAGCCAAUGGAGGAUGUUAUGGAGGAAAUGGCGGCGGUGGCGGUGAGGAUGAGAAUGACGUUGGCAAUGGCAAUGGCGUUGGUGGCAAGGGCGGCAGCAUUGCUCUUCACAUGGAUGGAGCUAGAGUGUUUAAUGCAGCCGAAGCAAUGGGCACCACAGUGGAUCGCAUCGCCAGGGACAUCGAUUCGGUGUGUUUCUGUCUGAGCAAAGGACUCUCAGCGCCAGUGGGGUCGAUGCUAGUUGGAUCAAAGGAUUUUAUCAAUGAAGCAAGACGUCUUCGUAAGGCUCUUGGAGGUGGUAUGCGUCAAGCUGGUAUUCUUGCUGCAGCCGGCUUAGUUGCAUUGAGUUCCAGCGUAAAAGUCCUCAAAGAACAUCAUCGACGAACGUAUCGUAUUGCCGAAGCCAUCCACAAGUUGAAAAGUCCAUUUAUAACAGUUCAUAUUGACAAUGUUCAAACAAAUAUCCUUUUGAUACAUAUCAAGACUGAUAAAAUAACUGCCAGUGAUUUUGCUGCCCGUCUAGGAUGUGUGACAGAUAAAGAAUUGGCUGCCGGAGUUGUUGCGGACAAAACUAACCCCAAUUGUGGAAUAAUCUUAAAAGUUAGUUCAAGAGACUGGGAAUUUGCACGAGUGGUACUUUACCAACAAAUAACUGACUUGGACAUUGAUUUGGCCAUCAAAAAGUUAAACUAUGUUAUAAGGGAAUAUGACAGUCAAUUGGCUCAUUGACAAAAAGGAUAAAUACAAUAUACACAUUUCUAUACAGCUAACCAACAACAUAAGAAGAAGAAGGAAGGAGAAAAAUAAAAAUAAAUAACAUAUAAAAUAGGAAAAGAAAAAAAAAAAAAAAGGGCACAAGAAUGGUGUGAAAUUGACCCUUCAAUGGCAGAAUAUUGACAUAAACUUUACAAAAUAAACAAAAGAAAAUUAGUUAUCCUUUA